AAAAAUCAAAAUUCCAAUCGACAGAAAUGACACAACCGCCCAUCUUUGGUGCUCCAACAGCCCCGGUUGAAUCUCUUUCCCAAAUCUCCACCUUUAGGCGUGGUCGCCAGCAGCCAGGGCAGUGCCAAAAAUGUCUAGGUUACGGUCACUGGACAUAUGAAUGCAAAUCAACCCGUCCGUAUGUAUCUCGUCCAACUCGCACGCAACAGCUUUCCAAACCCAUCCUCCCAAGUGCCAUGGUCAAAAAAGAUCCAACUGGUCUCAGACGAUCACAAAAGGGACUUGCAGAUGAAAUCUUGCGAAAAAAGAGGAGGGAAAGGGGGGAAGAUAGCAGUGAGAGUGGGAGUGACAGUGAUUCAGAUUCGGAGUCGAGCUCAAGCUCUAGUAGUUCCUCCAGUUCAGAUUCUUCGUCGGAUUCUUCGGAUUCGUCAUCAAGCGACAGCGAUUCGUCGUCUUCAGAGUCAGAGUCAGAGUCAGAGGAUGACAGGGACAAAAGAAGCAAGAAACGACGGAGGAGAUCUUGAUUGCAGAGUUUGGUCAAGUUUAUCGUUAUUAUAUUUACUGUGAAUAUAUUCGAAAAUUCUACGCCAUCUAUAAAAGUUGAGCGUCUUGUUACAGUC